AUGUCCGUUGUGGCGAUAUAUGCGGCCAGAGCCUUCGUUGUGGCUUCCACCACUGCCGUAAGCAGUGCCACAGGCCGGGCCAGUGCGAAGACGCCAAUGGGCAAACCUGCUCGCAGCCGUGCGGUAAACCGAAGAAGGUCUGCGGCCAUCCUGAUGAGGAUAUCUGCCAUUCGCCAUUCAGCUGCAAGGAAGACAAGCCUUGCCAGAGCACAGAAACAAGAGAUGAAGUGUGGUGCAUCGAAGGAUGGUGAAGGCAAUAAUGACAAGAAUUUGGUGUGUAACGAAGAAUGUGCAAGACUCGAGCGUAACCGCAAGCUUGCACUGGCUCUCAACAUCGAUCAAUCUACGCAUAUCGAGGGAGGGGACCACGUUCCUUACUCCGACGAGACCUUGAGCAUCUUCGCGAAGCAUGUGAAGUGGGGUCAGACACAAGAGCGAGAGUUUAGAGUGUUCGGUACCUCAGACGAGGAGAGGAGGUUGCGCUUCAAGCCUAUGAAGCCUCAAGAACGUGCUUUCCUACACGCGCUAGCAAACGACUUCGGCUUCGAUUCUGAAAGUAUGGAUCCUGAACCACACCGCCAUGUCAUGAUUUGGAAGACACCACGCUUCGUGUCUGCGCCUAAUAAAACCCUAGCUGAAGCUCUUCGCAUGAAGACGAAUCAGCGUUCUGCUACCGCAAGCGCCAACGUCUCCGACAACGAGAGCUCGAUUAAGAAAAUCAAGGCUAGUAAUGACGUCGGCGAACCCUUCAACAGCUUCAUCAUCGACCGACCACGUUUUGGUCUUACAGUCGAUGAGCUUCGUGCCGAGCUUUCCAAGCUUGUAGGCCCAGACAUGGCUUUGAAAAUCGAUGUCGACUUUCUACCUAGCAACGAGGUCGUGUUGAGAGCCGUUUCGAAGGCGCUACCGCCAUACGACUUAGAGCAGACUCUGCGCAACCUCAAAACCAAUAUCGUCGCGGCAAUCGCAGGUAAAGGCUAUGGCAUACCGCAGCUAUGUGCUGUUGAUAACUCGCUAGCUGUCCUCAGACGUGAGUCUGACACAGCGAGCGGAGAUGGGUGGUCAAGAGUGGCUGCGAAGAAGGCUGCACCAAGGACGGCGUUGCAGAGCAAUAGUGCGAGUAGCAGCACCAACAGCUUUGCUGCUCUCACUGGAGGCCACAAGGUCACAUUUGCGAAGAAGAAGCCCGAGAAGAUCCGACCUAAGCCUGUCGUGGUGGUAGACGAUUGGGAGGUGGCUGAGCAGGCUGAGGAGGCGAAGGAGAAGGUCACCAGUAGUGCUGAUGAAGCCAGCCAUUUAGUAACUCCAGUUGAUGAGCCUGAUCUGGACAGCAUAUCAGAGCCUUCUCCUUCACCGUCUAAGCCGGUGCAAGCACCUCAAGCACCAGCAGAUGAUGCUACCGUUGCCGUUGAGCAACCUAUCGAGGGCAUUACUACAACAAAGUCGGAUGCGCAGGACUGGGCUUCUCAGGUCGAGGAGGCCGGUCUAUAA